AUGACAGUUUGUGAAGAAACACGUCAGGAACUGCCAGAACAACCAAAACAAACAGAACAUGUAUUACAAAAUAGUCACAUGGAAUAUGAUAACAACAGAACACAAGGUACAAGUCAGGCAAGAAGGGAACAAAGAUUACAAGAGAAAAAAUGUAUGAAUUAUCAAGAAGAAACCAUAACAGAAUUCAGCACAGAAAAUCCUUAUACUAAAGAACUUAGUCUAGGAAUAAACCUUGAUGAUGAGAAAACAGAGCAACCAAAUACAAAAAUUGAAGCUAAUGGUAGCUCCCCAAAUAAUGAGGAAAUGGAACAACCAAGAACAGAAACUGAAAUGAAUAAUAGUACAAAAAGCACUCAAUUCAUACUUUCAGAAGAAACAAUACAAAAGAAAGCUGCAUUAAAUACACAAGAAAUAUGGCAAGAAAAUGGUCUUCAUGACCCAAUGGCAUCUCUAUAUAAUAAUAUGCCAAUGGUUACAAUGUUGACAAACACUAAACAAGAAGAUUCUGAUGGAUUUAAA